AUGGCCAGAGUGAGAGGAAUGAAACACAACAAACACAAAGACGACGGUACAUUGACCGAAAGACGUUAUGGACGUGUCGUGUUCGACACAGAACCCCUGGGACUGUCGCAGCCGUAUGCGCCGCAGCAGUUUAGCACGGCAGAUAUUGAUGGUGCCAUAGCAAACUAUGGCCAAUGGGGGCAGGACGAUCACAAAGGCUACGGUGUCUUGGUAAAGAAGAUACUUGGGGCAGGUCGCUUCGGGAUCGUCGCCCUUGUGCAUUACCUGAACGAGAGGGGAGAUGCCAUGCCUUGUGUAUUGAAGCUGGAGAAGUACAGGCAUCAUGCCCACGGAACGCUUGCAAGGGAGGAAAAGGCCCUGACGAAAUUCCAAGGCGCAAAGCACAUAUUGCAAAUCUUGGACAUCACAAAACUGGUCAAGUCGGAAAGGUCGAGAGAUCACGUCCUGUAUUUAGCAGGUCAAGCAGGCCGGCAACCGGGACCAGAACCCGGUAACGAAGAACGGGACCAGCAGUGGAGACUUGAUGACUUCGCGCAUCAGCCCGUCCGUAACUUCGUUUUCGUCGAGCAUGCGGCUCAAGGCGAUCUGAACAUGUGGCUCAGCAAGGCCAGCCGUAGCGGUACUCGCUGGCCCAUCAGAGCAAUUUGGAUGCUUUUUCGAAGUCUUGUGCAGGGGCUCAUUGGUAUGGGCCAUCCCCCAAAGGAAGUCUUCGGUGGACUCAAUCGUCCGGAAUGGGACCCCAAUGAUCCCAUCGACGAGCACCUCCCCGACGACUACCCCAUGAGCGAGCAUUACGAGCCCCAGUGGACCACUCACUUCGAUCUUGAGCCGAGCAAUGCAUGCAGCAGCAUGGAAAAUGGCAACAUGCCCAUAUUCAAGAUUGCCGAUUUCGGAUCCAUUCAGUUCUUCAGCGAGUAUGCUACUAACCCAGCGUACUUUGACAAGGAGCUCUUCUGGAAGUGUCGCUUCACCGGGAAGGGCAACUACUUCACCCCUGAACAAUUCACUAGGCAGUGGGACUAUUUAGACUUGCAAACCUACUUGGCUGACGACAAUGCCCCUAAUCCUUUCGUGGCUGUAGACGGAACCAAGCCUCCGGUUGCAGGUAACUACGGAAUGCACUCCAAUGUCUUCCAGGUUGGUGUCAUUAUAUGGUGCGCCAUUACUCUCUGCGCUUUCAAACCGCUCACAGCGACGAACUGCAGACUCUCUGACGGCCGGGAAAUCGUCACCUGGGGAGGCGCCCUCCAAAACGCGCGGUUCAACAGCGUCGAACACCAGCUCAAAGCCCUCGUACAGCGCUGCAUGGCAGAGGACCCCGUUCAUCGUCCCUCCCUCGGCUUACUCAUGCACACCAUCGAGGACCGGCUCGGCGCCAACGACCUCGAGCCCGAAGAGGCCGUCGCCUACUGGGCCCAGGAAUUCUUCUCCUCGCCUCGGACCCCUGGAGAGGAUGGCCGUAAGAGGAGGGCUUCCGGUGACGAUGGAGAUACCGAUGAUGAGGACGCCCGGCGUCACGCGCCGCGCCGGAGGACCGAAGCCGAGCCCGGGAUCCACGGCGCUUUCCAGGCGCCCAGGCAUGUAAUCAACCUGCUCAACCAGCCUCUCAACGCCCAACACGGCGGACUCGCAUUGCGACCCGCGCCGGGUGUCAACCAUGGCGAGAGCGUUUUGAACGACGUCCCCGGAGUUGAUCCCAGGGUCUUCCAAGUGCCGCAGAUCCCGCAGGUCCCGCAAAUUCCAGAUCAGUGGCAAGGGAUUCCGGCGUUCGGUGCACAGCCGGACAUGUUCAACUUUGGGGGUCAGCAGCCGCAGCAGAACGUGAAUGCGGCGAGGUUCCAGCCGGGCGGGUACUUCAAUAUUCAUGCUCAGUUCGGGGAGAAUCCAUUCCAGCCGCCGAUGCAGCAAAUUCGAUACCAGCCGGCCCAGUACAUGCCCCUUUUCAACCCGCCUUUUCAGCAGGCCCCACCGCAGCAAGUUCUCCCGCAGCAGCAGUCGAUCCUCGAACAGCAACAGCAGCCAGGCGAAGCGCCUCAACACCAAGCACAACCUGGAGGUAGGCCUUGGCCGCGUUGGUAG